CGCGCCUUUCACGUCCGGGACACCUCUGCUUGAAGGUCUGAGGGCGCAGCAACCGUAAUUUGCAGCUCGACGACCAUGCCCGCAUUGAGCAAGAAGAAAGCAUCAGGCCGCGAGCAGCUCGCGCGGCUAAAGCGAGAGCACCAGAAACGACCUCUCUAUGCAACCCACACCCGGAACCAGCAGCGCAAUGCUGACGAGGCUAUCCCUGAGGUGCAGGCCACCUGGUUCGAGAACAUGAAGAAGGUGAUGAACGAGAUCGAUUGGGCGACGGACGGCAGGGCGCUUCCGCUCGAGGGGCCACUGCAUUUUCUGGACCUCGGAUGCUGCCCCGGAGGUUUUUCCUCCUACAUUUUAAAGAAAAAUCCGGAAGCUUGCGGAGUGGGCGUGUCACUUCCAAGCGGCCACGACUAUUUACUCGAAGAAGAGUUCCGUCCCCGACACGAGCUCUGUUGGGCCGAUCUGCUGCGCUACCCGAUGUGGGAGUCCAGGUGCGGCGACCGAAUGAAGAAUUUCGACGACCUCCCCUGGGGCCUUCGCUGUCGGCACUUUGAUCUGGUCAUCCUCGAUGGGCAUCCCCUGCGCUCGCAGAAAGCGGACACCUCCAACGUCGGCCCGCGCCUCCUCGUCACCCAGCUCCUGAUCGCGCUGCAAACUGUCCGCCGCGGGGGGACUAUAAUCGCGAAGCUGAGCGGCGUACACCGCCCAGAUACGCAGGCUAUCUUGUGGAUGCUGGACGCCCUGUCUGACCGGUUGACGACGUGCAAGCCGGUCAGCAUGCACGCGACGCGCGAUACGUUCUACGUGGUUGCGGAGGGGAUGCAGAGAGAGGGCUGGGUCGGUAUGGACACGGAUGAUGGGCGGUGGGCGAGGGUCCUUGGGAUUUUGGAGGUGAUACAUGGGUUGGAGGGGAGGUGGGCGGAUGUGACCUUCCGUGGGGAUAAGAGGAGAGUUGCUGAAGGGAUGAUGUGGGAAGCGGUCGGGUGCGGGGAGAAGGACAGGGUGGCGUUCAAGAAGCGGAUGGAUGAGUUGGCGGAGCCUGUAGAGCUCGUGCAACGUUUGGCGCUUGAGGGGCUGGCGGAGGAGGAGAAGGCCCGUCCUGGAGAUAUGUGACUGAUAUUGGACUGUUCUGCGUCUGUUUCUUGUAUUCACGCUCUCGUUCUCACAGCUGCUGUCUAUCUCUUUUGCUGUCUCGCAUGUAUUUGUAUUGCUAUAAUUCGACCCAUACUUGCCCUUUUA